AUGGAGCUCAUGAAAGGGAAGAAGAUCUGCAAGAAACUCCUCACCUUCCUGCUCUACAGCUUCAUCUUCAGCUCCUUCUUUGUUUUUCUUCAUCAGUUCAGGACUUCUGAGCGAGAGCAUUAUGUUUCCAAUCCCUCUGCACAAAUAGCUCAUGCUGGAAACACCAGCGCCCCACCAAAGGGUGAACACAGGCUGACUAUCCUGCUGUGGAAGUGGCCCUCUGGGCACCACUUUAACUUCAUGAACUGCUCGAAGCUCUACAGCAUCCCGAACUGCCAUUUCACCAUCAAUCGCAGCUGGUCCCAAAAGGCUGAUGCUGUGAUUAUGCAUCACAGGGAUGUGUGCAGGGACAUGGAGGGGCUGGCCCAGUUCCCCAGACUCCCUUCCCAGCACUGGAUCUGGUUCAACAUGGAGUCCCCAAGUCACUCUCCAAACUUAAGCGCCAUGGACAACGUCUUCAACCUGACCAUGUCUUACCGGAGAGACUCGGACAUCUACAUCCCUUAUGGGGAGCUGCAGCUCCUCGGCCAGCCCCAGCCCCUCAGCAUCCCGCCCAAGACCAAGAUGGUGGCCUGGGUAGUCAGCAACUGGAAAGCAGGCUCCCACCGGGUAAAGUACUACCAGGAGCUGAAGAAACACAUCACUGUGGACAUCUAUGGGAAGCAUCACUUGCCCCUGCCCCGGGACAAGCUCCUUCCCACUGUAUCCGAGUACAAGUUCUACCUGGCUUUUGAGAACUCGCAGCAUGAAGACUACAUCACCGAGAAGCUCUGGAGGAAUGCCUUGUCCUCUGGCACCGUCCCUGUCGUGCUGGGGCCUCCUCGAGAAAACUACGAGCGCUUCUUGCCCCCUGACUCCUUCAUCCAUGUCGAUGACUUUGCCAGCGCUGGGGACCUGGCGCGGUACCUGUGGGACCUGAGCGAGGAUGCCGAGAGAUACCAGCGCUACUUCCAGUGGCGCAAGUGGUUGAAACCCAUAGUGAGGUCCGGCUGGGCCGUGCAUGUCUGCGGAGCUUGUCGCUUCUUGCAGACAACGGCGGCCAGGUACCGGUUUGUGCCCGAUCUGUCUGAGUGGUUUGUGUAA